AUGAAUCAAGACAUAAAGCCAUUCCUUAAAACUCUUUUGGCGUCAUUGGAUGCUCAAUACAACAGCGCCGCUCAAUCGUUCACCAAUGUCGAAUCUUAUGCAACUCAAUUUGGCUCCCCACUUAAGCGAGAGGCGGCAAUAAUUGUGAAUGGAGUCCCUAUUGUACCCUCACAGGCGGAAGAUGCCAAACUACAGUUUCAAAAAAAAUGGUUGGGUAUGCCCAAUUCGUCACACCAGUUGACAAGUUUCGAUUGUCAUUUGAUACCUGGAACCAAUACGUUUAUCAUUAAUUUUGCAGCAAGAGUCAAGUUUGACCAAAGUGGGAAGACAAGGUUAGGUGAAUCCGCUGACUUGAUCCAAGAAAACUCCAUAGUGAAAACUGCGAGACCGAUUUGGGGCUCAUGGUUUGGCGUGAACGGAAACCUUGUCAUAGAUAGCAAUCUCAACGCGCCGGAAGUUAUAAAUAGCUUCGAUUAUAGAUUUACAUAUGUUCCAAAGGAUACAAAUUUAACAGUAUAA